AUGAAGAGCUUCAUUCCCCUGCUGCUGGCAGCUCUGCUGCAUGGCAUAGCUUGCGUGCGGCUUGCCCCGUCGCCGGCUGCCAUCGGUCCCUUCCUGACACAGAUCAACAAUGAGACGUGGAUCAUUGGCAACGAGAUAUGGAACGUGACGCAAGGUCGUCAGUAUGGUGUGAAGCUGCUCUACAACGACCGCGACUGCGUGGGCCAGGCCGUCGGGCACUACGUUAGCUAUAACGGUGCUGCGAGCAAUCUCAACUGGACUUCGGCGUCUGUCUUCAAACAAGGCUCGUACGAGGGCUCACAAUACAUCGACGUCAAGUUCACAGCACUCGAGGGUGACAUGCAUUGGGUCAUCAUGUCAGGGUUGGCGGGCGCCUACCAGUACUUUGUCAACCAUGCCCUUCCGCAGCUGGGUGAGUUUCGUACACUGUGGCGUCUGGAUAACGAGACGUUCACGCAUGGCAAGACGGAUAUCAAAGAUCAGGAGCUGCCGCCUCUCAGCGAGUAUAUUGACGCCAACAAGGUGCAGGAUGAGACCUGGUUGGCCCCUGACGGCCGAGGUUACAUCACCAAGUAUGAUUUUGCCAGCUGGGUUAGGACACAGACGUACUACGGUGUCUACGGCGACAGUUUUGGCAGCUGGUACAUGAAUCCGGGAAAGGACUACUACAAUGGAAACCACCUGAAGCAAGAACUAAUGGUUCAUCGAGAAUCGGCGACCGGCGACGUUGUGCAGCUCAACAUGAUUCACGGCACCCACUUCCAGGUGUCUGCCGUCGAUGACUUCCCGGAUGGCAAGAUGUGGGGACCAUGGCUCUGGUAUCUCAACAACGGCUCCAAGGAGGAUGCGGCGAGGAGGGCCGAGCAAGAGUUCGCGGCAUGGCCCUACGCCUGGCUUGAGGAUGAAGCUUACCAGUCUCGGGGCUCGGUCCAGGGCCAGCUGGUGCUGUCGGACGGCCGUCCUGCGACCAACGCCGCCGUCUUCCUCGGUGACAACGAACCCAACAAGACAGCGCUGGACAUGGGCUCCGACUACUACUACACGACUUAUGCCGAUGCAGACGGCUACUUCGAGUUUCGGGAUGUGCGAUCCGCCACCUACGGCCUCCAGGCCUGGUCCAACGGCAGCAAGAUCGCAGACGUCACAAAGAGCUACCUGCGCAACAACGUGGUGGUGUCAAAAGAGGCUCCCACAGACCUCGGGCCUCUAGAAUGGGCCACGUCCUCGAGGCCAAAGAUCUUCCAGGUGGGCGACUUCGACCGCACGAGCUAUGGCUUUCUGUACGGUGGUUCGCCGCACCAGCACGCCCUCGUGGCUUCCUGUCCGGCUGACCUCCUGUACACGGUGGGCACGUCUCAAACUGCCGACUGGUGCUUUGGCCAGACGUACGCGGGCAAUUGGACGAUCAAGUUUGAGCUGGAGAGUGCCGCGCCGACGCACGGCAGCUAUCGAAGUAACAGCACCGGCGACGCCACCCUCAUUGUAUCGCUGGCAGGCUACUCGCAGGGCGCCAGCUCACUCAUAUGGGCGAACGGCAUGCAAAUUGGGAACCUGACCAGCGCCUCUGAGGAGGGUCUGCUGAACGACCCUAGCCUGUACCGCUCGGCGACGGCGGCGGGCGAGUGGCGCUACUUCGAGUUUCCAUUUGAUUCUGCGGCCGUUCUGCGGCAGGGUGCGAACGAGGUCACGUUCCAGCUCGUGCAGAAUACCACGUGGCGCGGGUUCAUGUGGGAUAGCAUUGUGCUUGAGUGGUGA